GUGCACGGUGCGGCGCUUCAGAAUGAUAGAGAGCGGACGCAUCGGUUUUAAGCCAUGAACUUCAAGAACUUCUUCAUGUUCAUCGAGUCCAAUGCACCGUGAGCCAUGCCUGUAACAUCACAGAUCCUCCGAGGUUUGCCGCGGGCUAAGGUCUUGGCCUCCAGUUUGUUACCAUGCCAACGCCACCAGUCCCAUGCGGGGCCCGUCACUCACAAGCCCACAUCAAGACGAAACCCCCAAAUGUGGCACCAGCACGGUUACCAGACGACCUCGGUGCUCCGCAGCUACAUCCUCACUCCACCACAAGUCAACUCCAUCCUGAAAGCCAACGAGUUCAGCUUCAAGGUACCUGAGUUUGAUGGGAAGAACGUGUCGUCAGUCACAGGGUUUGAGAGUAAUCAACUGCCUGCGAACGCUCCUAUAGAAGACCGCCGCAGCGCUGCUACGUGUCUGCAGACUCGAGGAAUGCUGCUGGGAGUGUUUGACGGUCAUGCAGGCUGUGCAUGUGCACAGGCACUGAGUGAGAGGUUGUUUUACUACAUCGCUGUAUCUCUGCUACCUCAUGACACCCUGUGUGAGCUGGAGGCAGCGGUGGAGGCCGGCAGAGCUCUCAGCCCCAUCCUGCAGUGGCACAAACACCCCAACGACUACUUCAGCAGAGAGGCUCAGAUGCUCUACUUCAACAGCUUGCGAACAUACUGGCAGGAGUUAAUAGAUCUAACCAGCCCAGGAGAGGUACCAGACACUCAGGAAGCACUGUUGAACGCUUUCAAGAGGCUCGACAAUGACAUUUCCCUCGAGGCUCAGGUUGGAGACUCGAAUGCUUUCCUUCACUACUGGGUUCUGAGAGUGGCUUUUUCUGGAGCAACAGCAUGUGUGGCUCACGUUGAUGGACAAGACUUGUUUAUAGCCAAUGCAGGGGAUGCUCGGGCCGUGCUGGGCGUGCAGGAGGAGGAUGGUACAUUCACUGCUCACACACUUUCAAAUGACCACAAUGCUCAGAACGAGGAGGAGGUGGCUCGGAUCCGGGGUGAACAUCCUACAUCAGAGAGGAAGACCGUUAUAAGACAGGACCGGUUGCUCGGCCUUCUUAUGCCAUUCCGUGCAUUCGGCGACGUCAAGUUCAAGUGGAGCAUCGAGCUGCAGAAGCGUGUGUUGGAGUCUGGACCUGAUCAGCUUCAUGAAAAUGAACACACAAAGUUUAUCCCCCCGAACUACCACACUCCUCCGUACCUGACCGCUGAGCCCGAGAUCACCUACCAUCGACUGCGGCCGCAGGAUCGCUUCCUGGUGAUUGGCUCUGACGGCCUCUGGGAGACCCUCCACAGACAGGAAGUGGUUCGGAUUGUGGGAGAGUAUUUGACGGGGGUGCAUCAGCGCCAGCCCCUCACAGUCGGAGGCUACAGGGUCACCCUAGGACAGAUGCAGGGGCUGCUGGAGGAGAGGAAGGCCCGCAUCUCCUCUGCUUUCGAGGAUCAGAACGUAGCGACACACCUGAUGCGUCAUGCGGUGGGCAACAACGAGUUCGGCACGGUUGACCACGAGCGGCUGUCAAAAAUGUUGUCGUUGCCCGAGGAGCUGGCCCGCAUGUACCGCGACGACAUCACCAUCAUCAUUGCUCAGUUUAACCCUCAUGUGAUCGGAGCUCAGAGGCAGGAAGGGCAGUCCUGAGUGGCAGGGAACACAAACUGCUGACCUGCUCCUAAGCACAUUUUGGAGACAAACAGGAAUAUAUGUCCAACGGCUGCAAUGAAUUUCUAUAACAAUAUUUAUCUAAAAGGUUUGUAUGUUUGUACGCAGCGAUAAAGACAUUUGGUCACUUAUUAAGUAACAAGUCUCUGUUACAGGGUCAGAGCCACCUUAUCUCAUAUCCUUCUGUCACACCAUGUUAUUCAAUAUGUUACACACACACACACCUCUCUGAUGUGACACUGUUACAACCUGACUUUGUGCCAAAAGAUCCAACCUCCCCAUCUGCUGAAACCCUCAGCAGAGUUAUUCCAAAGAGGAGCAAUGGAGCACUGAUGUGGACUUGAACUGGACAGGCUGAACUCUAUUUCUGUUUGGUUUGCGUCACUUUAUUCCCAGAUGCACUUCUAUCACUUUUGUGGCUGCUUCUGCAUUUAAGAGACUGAUGUUACGGCAGAACACUGUUUGAUUUUAUUUCUUGUGUGUUGUUGGAUGAGGUCUUAAUAUAGUCUGAGCAUCCAGCUUGUAUUUUAAGUGCAGCCUCAGUUUGUUAGGAUUCAGAUUCUUUUUUUUACUCCAUCAUAGUUUCAUGUCAUUUCAUUGAAUGUGGACGCAUUAACACAAAUAACUUGGAUUCAGUUACACACCAACAAAAUAAUCUGCUUUUUCUUUAACUUUCCAAUAAUGUUAUCUCUUGAAAGCAUCUAAAAGAGUUUACUGAAACAAUUUUUGAAGGAAUGUAGCGUGACUAUUCAUCCAUGUUUGGAGCAGGCUCUAACUCAUAAAAGACCUUUACAAGCCAACACUGUUGUAAAGAGGCCACAUGCUAAAAAUGUUGGAAUGAGUUUUUGUACUUUUCGUCUCAUUUCACAUCCAAUAUUCUGACGUACAGAAGAAAACAAACAUUUCCAAAUAUUUACAGACUGCAACGUGGUUGUAACACGUCAUGGACUCUGGAAAGGCAAAAUGAGCCACAUCUGGCUUCUCUGUGACCACUUUUAUUUAUUUAUACUGAAAGAAGCCAAUUGUUCUCUUAUUUUCCAUAUAGAGUAAAACACUACUCUGGUUAAACAGAGGGUAGAACUAACUUGUUUCUGCUGUACUUACACCAUUAAUCUGGUUUUGAGUAGUUUUAGUUACGUUUCUUCCUUUCUAUGCUCUGUCAGGGGGAAAUGCUCAUCCUCUUUUCCUUCCAAACAGGACAUUAGCAGGGUGGUUCACCGUGUUUCAGGUUGUUUUAGAUUUAAUUACCACUGACAGAAUUGGUGACAGCAGAAGCAAGCCACUCUUGUGAUAAUCUCCAUGUUAAACAGUAAUAAGAGGGUUAUUAUGUGUGUGUGUUUGCUCUAUUUAAGCCCAAAAAAGAGCAGAAUGUAAGUUAAAAAGCUGUUUGAAUAUAAACUUUUAUUUAUUCAGCUUGAGCAUUACGUUACACAUUGUCAUCUGAAACUGUUUGUAUAAAAUGUAAGUUAUAUGGGUUAAGUUUUGUAUAUGGAAUGGAUUAAUAAAACACCAAAUAAACACU